GCAUUUCCCCCCAAAUGGACAGCCCUAAUUACUCCAUAAUUUUAGGGUUUCUCUUUCCCCUUCAUUUGAAGAAACCUCUUUCCGAAUGAACCCAAAAAAGUACAAAAAGGACCCAAAGUACGCAUAAGGCUAUUUGAUACUCCUUUUUGGAUUUUCCAAAUUCAUAAUCUCAAGUCUUGUUUCUGCAGGUUCUUACUGGCAAUUAGUGUUAUAUGAUGCAUAAGAAGGGCAAGAAUCAUAGUUGUCGAAUUGUACCUCCCGAUAUACUUAGCUAUCUUCCAGAGAAUGUAAUAGAUGCCAUUGUAAUACAUUUGCCUUUACGAGAUGCUGUUAGGACAAGCAUCUUAUCGAAGAAAUGGAGGUAUACUUGGUGCAGACUUCAAAAGUUGACACUUGAUCAAGCAUUUUGGAAAACGACGAAUAACUUAAUAUCCCCUACAAUUAGAUUUACAGACAUCAUGUACCACCUUUUGACCCUCCAUGUAGGACCACUUACUAAGUUUACCCUCUCCAUUGGUGAUCUGAGAAACUGUCCUAAAAUUGAUAACUUGAUAUGUUUUCUCUCUAGGAAUGGCAUUCAGCAUCUUGUUCUUCAAUUUCCGAAGGAUAACCUAUACAAAUUGCCUUCUUCAUUUUUCACAUGUUUUCAAAUAAGACAUCUGAGUCUCCAUAAAUGUUUAAUAAAUCCUCCACCUGCUUUCAAAGGAUUUGAUAAGUUAGUUGCCCUCGAACUUUGUGAAGUCACAAUUUCUUCCAAAUUUCUUGUAAGUUUAAUCUCUUACAGCCCGUUGCUCGAGCAGCUUGUGCUGCAAUCAAGUAUCUCCGAUCACAUUCAAAUUAAAGCUCCCAAGUUGAUAUCCUUUGACUUCACAGGCAGUUUAAAAUUAAUUUCCUUAAUGGAUGUCCCUCUUCUUGCAAAACUUUCACUUGUAGAUAUAGAUGAGGGAGGAAGCUGUGAUAUUGCCAAGUUUCUUGAGUCUUUUCCUGCUCUCGAGCAUCUCCACUUGAAUUGUUAUAGUGUCCAGUUCUUAGCAGGCAAAGUACCAAAACAGCUCCUCUCUCCUCUUAACUGUCUUAAACGUCUUUACCUAUCUGACAUAUGUCUAGAUGCCGUAGAUGAGGCUUCAUGUGUUCUUUGCUUGAUAAGAAGCUCCCCAUAUUUACAGGACAUUGAAAUUCAGUUGUAUGAUUCAGAUUCUGGGGAUGAUGAUGUUAUGGAGGAGCUUGCUGCUCUAGAAUCUCGUGAAGUUGAAAGCUUCUCAGAUGUGACAUUGAAUCACCUGAGAGCUGUUAAGCUUACAGGUAUAAUAGGCUUAGUUCCUGAAAUGGAACUUAUCCAGCUUCUCUUAGCCAAGUCUCCAAUGCUCAUCAGAAUGCUAAUCGAGCCCGGGGUAGGACAUAAUUCUCCUGAAACAAGACUCAAGGUACUCGCAGAGAUAACAAAGUUUCGUCGGGCAUCAUCUAAAGCAGAAGUUGUUUAUAAAGUUGCAUAGAUUUCUAUCCAGAUUAGGAUCCUGUUUAUCUCCACUUGUCUUUUUGCAAGACUAUGAUCUUUGGCUAAAGGAUUUUGGAAGAUUAAGGUGGACAGACAGAAUUGAAUGCAGUUAUAUGGCUGUGCUGUGUUUCUAUC